ACAAAAUUUAUUGAACUCUUGAAUAUUUAAAGAGAAUUGAUUGAUUGAUUGAUAGAUAGAUAGAUAUAAACAAAACGACAAACCCAUUUUGAUUUUAGUAGACUCAGACACUCUUCCAGCAAUGGCAGAAGCAACAAAAAGGUAUGCACUAGUGACAGGAGCUAACAAAGGAAUUGGUUAUGGGAUAUGUAAGAAAUUGGCUUCAAGUGGUGUUAUUGUGGUUCUUACAGCUAGAAAUGAGAAAAGAGGUUUAGAUGCAGUUGAAAGCUUGAAAGAAUUAGGUCUCUCUGAUUUUGUGGUUUUUCAUCAACUUGAUGUCACUGACCCUACAAGUGUUUCUUCUUUAGCCGAGUUCAUCAAAACCCGAUUUGGAAAACUUGAUAUCUUGGUGAACAACGCAGGUGUUCCCGGGGGAAUAGUGAAUGGAGAGAAUCUUGUUAAAAUGAUAAGAGGUGAAAUAUCCGAUUGGGAUAUAGUAGUAAGUCAAAAUUAUGAAUUAGCCAAAGAAUGUGUUGAAAUAAGCUUCUUUGGUGCUGAAAGAGUAACUGAAGCUCUUCUUCCACUUCUCCAACUAUCUGCUUCACCAAGGAUUGUUAAUGUCUCCUCUCGAUGUGGUCAACUGAAGUUAAUACCAAACGAUCGGGCAAGAGGAGUGCUUGAUGACAUCAAAAGCCUUACAAAUGAAAAACUUGAUGAAAUCCUUAAAGAGUUUAUAAAAGAUUACAAAGAAGGAGCAUUGGAAUCCAAAAACUGGCCAAAAUUUGUUUCUGGUACAACAAUGGCAAAAGCAGCUUUGAAUUCAUACACAAGGUUACUAGCAAAGAAGUUUCCUCAUUUCCGCAUAAAUUGUGUAUGUCCUGGCUUUGUCAAGACUGAUAUCAAUGAGAAUAAAGGUUUUUUAAGCAUUGAUGAAGGAGUACAAUGUCCUGUGAAUCUAGCAUUGUUGCCUGAUGAAGGUCCAUCUGGUCUAUUCUUUUUAAGAGAUGAAGUGAUUUCCUUUUGAAUAAACAGCUUGUUUAGUAUUUUAAGUAUACAAAUGUAAUAUAAUAUACUUGUGAGUUACUGUAAAAUAAUAACAUAAUGGUUGUUCCAUAAUGAAGUUAUAAGCUAUGCAUU